AUGCAAGAGAUCGAGCAGAAGCUGCAAGAACUCGUCCGGCCCGAGAGGUACGGGCGUGGCUUCCGUCCCUCGUUCUACUCCGCGUAUGCGCGCGCAGCCAGGCGAUACGGCUUCGAAGCGGGCAAAUACAGCGGAUUCGCGCACCGCAACAACGUCGUGGUGAAGAUACGGAGCCUGCAAGACAAGGGCAUCGAGCACGAGGUGCCGGCGGAAGCCAUCCAGAACGCUCGCGUAUCUGGCAGCCUCGAAUACGUCGUUCCCGUGAGCAUCGGCACGCCUCCCGUCACUUUGCAUCUGGACUUCGAUACAGGCUCAUCAGAUCUCUGGGUGUGGAGUUCUGAGCUUGCAGGGGCGAGUCAGUACAGAGAACAGCACCGACUGUAUCAUCCCCAUCGCUCUGCCACAGCCUCGAAGACGGACGGGACCUGGAAGAUCUCCUACGGCGACGGCUCGUCCGCGUAUGGCGAUGUAUACACCGACCACAUCAGGGUGGCUGGCGUACACCUGCACGGCCAGGCGGUAGAAGUGGCGCAACACCUGAGCUCUGGCUUCUUGACAGACAAGGGUAACGACGGGCUGCUCGGCCUUGCAUUUCCUCAACUCAAUACCGUGAAGCCGCAUCAUGUGGCGACGCCUGUGGAGAACAUGAUCAACCAGAAGCUGAUCGACCCACCCGUUUUUACGUGCAAACUCGGACAUGGAUCUGAGCCGAGCUUCUAUUCCUUCGGCUUCAUUGACCAUAAUGUCACUAAGCAUCCAAUCGUGGACCAUCACGUCGACGACUCCCAGGGAUUCUGGCAGGUACGCUCCACCGCGUAUGUGGUGAAUAGGCAUGAGCAUAAGCGGCCGAACAACACUGCAAUCCUCGACACGGGUACAACACUCUGCCUCGUACAUGAUGACGUUGUCGAGGAGAUCUACAGGAAUAUCCAGGGCGCACGGUAUAGCAACAGCCGCGGCGGGUGGAUAUACCCGAACACGGCGAAGAUCCCCGAGCUUUACCUUGCGAUCGGACAGACGUUCUACAGGUUGAACGAAGUAGACUUUGCGUACAGUGACGCCGGCGACGGACAUAGUUUCGGUGGGAUCCAGAGCAGGGGCAACCUCAAGUACGACAUCUUCGGUGACGUGUUCCUCAAGUCGCUAUACAUUGUCUUCAACCAGCGCGACAGAAAAGUCGGCGUCGCACAGCGAGACGACUAAGUUAUACCUUUUUAUGAACUGACGAUGUCUUCACGGAGGGAUGAUCAGCGAUGUGUGCAUGCUUUAUAUCUAG